UCAACCGACAAACAACCCUUCAUCCUGCUCCUGUGACGGAGAGACAUCAUCAUGCUGUUGUUCCUCUUCCUGCUGGGUCUGGCUCUGGUUGCUGUGUCUCCUUCAGAUGACCCUCAAGGGAAGCUUCAGCGUGGCAGCUGUCCCAUGUUCUGGUUCUCCUUCAACGGCCGCUGUUACAAGUACAUCGCCACACAUUCUACCUGGGCUGCAGCAGAGCUCCAAUGUUUGUCCCAGGGAGCCAACCUGGUGUCUAUCCACAGUCAGGCCGAACAAGAGUUUGUCAGAUCACUGAUCAAGAACUUUGACCCUGCUGAGGGAAAUACAUGGAUCGGACUCAGUGACGUCCACCAAGAAGGAAGCUGGAUGUGGUCUGAUGGGUGUGCAGCCAAGUUUUUCUUUUGGUAUGCAGGACAGCCAGACAACACUGGAGGACUUGAACACUGUGUCCACCCCAACUCUGGUCAGAAAUGGAACGAUAGACAAUGUUCUAAUACUAUUCCCUCAGUUUGUGCAUCUCGCACAACUUGUCCUUAGCAACUGAGAUGUUACAUAUGUCUGAUUAAACCAGUUCACUGUAAAACUGUUACUCUGUUAACAUGCUUUUGACCACAAU